AUGACAGACCAAGAGCUAGCAGUGACCCGCAUGAACCUCUACCUAAAUGCUGAACGUCAACUACUCGCUCGUACUUCUCAAAAGCGCUGUAUACCUGUAACCAUUGUCACUGGUUUCCUCGGUGCCGGCAAGACGUCGUUACUCCAGCAUAUUCUACAGCACAAAUUGAACCUUCGCGUAGCUUGUGCCGUAAGUGACUUGGCUGUUAUCAAUAUAGACGCAUUACUGGUGGCCAAUCAAUUUAACGGCAAUCACAAUAAACUCUUUAAGCUUCGAGCCGACGCUAACACUAGUUUACAUGCAUUCAAAGACGUUGUGUGGCAAGUUCUCAAUGAAGAUGAUGAUGCAGCAGCUGUAAAUCAUGUGGACUACCUCGUGAUAGAGACCAGUGGGACGAUGGAUCCAACGCAGUUGGUGGCAAUAGUACAGGAGAAAUUUGGCAAAAUGACGCGCGCACGUCUGGAUUCGGUAGUGACUGUAGUGGAUGGAGAUGCAAUGGCUCAAGAUGCUGCUAACGACGUUGAGCCAUGCGCCGUGGCUGUUCGACAGCUGCAGUGUGCGGACGUGGUCCUGCUAAACAAAGUGGACUUGCUGGAUGAGGACAAGCUCAAAGCUGCUCGAGAGGUUAUUGUUCACUAUGCUCCCAGUGCCCGAAUCUACGAGACAGACCAUGGUCGGGUGUACUUGCCACAUGUGCUCGAUAUCGCGCCGCCGGAUGAUGCAUUCAAUGGAGGCAUGAGCCAUGAAAAGGUGCAAGGUCAAUGGAACACGGGGCUGAGUCUGUUGAAUGGUGCCUUAAUGCCUGCGCCAAGUCGUCUACGAGUAAAGCGAGAAUCAGUAGCGGAGUCAAGUGGUAAUGUGGCACCUUCGCAGGCGUUUGAGUCGGUGGCAUUUGAGCGCAUUACACCGAUUCCACUAGCUGCAGUGCAUCAGUGGAUUCAGUAUCAUCUUCCUAAAGGGACAUUGCGUGCUAAGGGAGUCAUGUACAUUGCCGAGCUGCCAAAAUACCGCUUCGUGGUGCAGCUGAGCGGCAAGCGGCGACUAGAGGUUAAAAAUACUGGUGUUUGGCAAUCAACACCAAAAACGCAAUUCGUCGUGAUCGGUUUCAGCGGCAGCAGCAACAGUGUCGGAGAGUGCUUUGAUAAAGACAAAGCUCUCGAUAGCCUUCAAGUUUGCUUGUCAAGAUCGACGGACCAGCUGAAACGAGAAGAUAAAUCGACUUGUGCUGAAAUUGUAGCAAAGCUCGAAGCGAAUGAGCUCUUCGAAACACUGGCAUGCUCUAAGCAAGCUACGGUGGUAGCAUUUCGUCUGGUGUGUCCUGCGUCGACAUUGAACGAGACGAUGUUUCGCCAUCACCAUCAUGUGGACGCGAAUGAGUUAACCAAGCAACUGGUCCGAGACGUGAAUGCCUCAGGGGGUGGCUCUCUGCUGCUUUAUGCCUCUAAUUUGAGCCCAAACGACAUUGACGAACAGCAAGUGUACGCUGUUGCAUCCACCGUUGGCGCUGCGUCAGUUUUGAGCAUGUGGAAAGAGCUCAAUACCUCUGCAGAGCUGAUCAUUAACGAGCCACGCGAAGGUUCAAUUUGUGUGAUGGCGCUUCUGAGAAGUACGAGCAAGUAG